UUAUGCAUACUAUGGGGCGAACUGGAAGCAGAGGGGUUAAGACAGGCAUUCGAUAUAUGUAUUAGGCAACUUAGUAUUCACCUGACGUUAAUUUCGAGGUGAGAAAUGUGCAGUGAAUAGCAGCACGUUCACUAAUGAAACAUAGAUCCGAUAUCCUCGAAAAAGUCGACGUUAUAUUCGCCAAAUACCGUGAAGAAAGCUCAGCCGACAUCAAAAAUAUCCGCGAUACUCUGCAGACUACUCUUAUAAACAUUUCUAAAAAGUCCGAUUACCUUAUCAAGCAGAUCAAAUCUGUGAAAUUCAAACUUAAUCAAGCGGUUGAUAACCACCCCAGAUGGGUUAAGCAUAUCAGCAAGCUUCAAAAACUCUUCGAAGCAUCCCACCUAACGAUAGAAGAGAUCAAAUGCCAUUAGGUUUUGAAGGCUAUCGCCUUUCAGGAUAUUAGAAUAAGGCAUUAUGAGAUCAGAAAAGUCGAGCUAGCAGAAGACACUUUUGAAUGGAUGGUCAAGGAUGAAAUGGUGCCUCCUU